AGGUAAGGUAUGUAGGGCGGUGGUCUUGAAAGUUGAAACGGCAAGCAAGCUGCACAAUGCAAUAUACAAGCAUAAAAUAAUAAUAUCAUCCGAUCCGUAAUAGAUAAUGGAGCAGUAGAAGAUGAAAUAGAAAGAAAGCUACUCCUAACUCCUUAACUUAAUUGAAUUGUUACAUAAACAUCUAUCAGAUGCCCACCCUCAACAACAAACAACAGAUUAAUAUAAACUGUUUUUAAAACCAUCCCUAGAAAUAAAGUGUUUAUUGUGAUUGUGAUUGUGAUUGUGAUGGAUGGUACAUCAUUAUCUACUUUAUCAAAGGAUGCAGAGAGGUCAAUCGCAGCUUCGUCAAUGUUUCCAGGCUUCAGAUUCAGUCCUACAGAUGAAGAACUCAUCUUGUAUUAUUUGACCAAGAAGUUGGAUGGCUUUCACAAAUGCGUUGAAGUCAUCCCUGAAGUCGACAUCUGCAAAUUUGAGCCUUGGGACCUCCCUUGCAAGGCUAUUAUCAAGUCAGAUCAGGAGUGGUUUUUCUUCUCACCUCGUGGUAAAAAGUAUCCAAAUGGUUCACAAAGUAAGAGGGCAACCGAGAUUGGCUACUGGAAAGCUACUGGAAAAGAGCGUGCUGUCAAAUCUGGUUCCAAUGUGAUUGGUACUAAACGGACUUUGGUUUUCCACAUUGGCCGUGCACCUAAAGGAGAGAGAACUGAGUGGAUAAUGCAUGAGUACUGUAUGUCUGGAAAGGCUCAGGAUGCACUGGUUGUGUGCCGCCUUAGGAAGAAAUGUGACUAUCAUGGCUUGAAUAAUGGUCCAGAUGGAGAGAUGAAUCAAUCCCCUAAUCCAUCUAUGUUGAUGGCUAGUAGUGGGACUUACUCAAACUGUGGUAUGGGGCUCAUUGAUAAUAAUACACCGGGCAGGGACAAGCAGACAGCUGAAUGUUCUUUCAAGAAGUCCAGCAGCAGUCACGAUUCUCAUUCUGUAGAGCAGAUGGAUUCUGCAUCUCAGUCGAAUUGGAAGAACAAAGAUUAUAUAUUCCAGCCAGAAUCUACAAGCAUUAAUCAUGUUGGUAACGAAGAUGACUUGUUUGCUGAGAUAUUGAACGAUAGUAUCAUUCAAUUGGAUGAAUGUCUUCCCCCUUCAACAUUUGGUGCUCAACCUAUGGUAGCCAAUAACGGAACUGUGCCUGUUGUGCCACUCAAUUUUAAUAAUCCUUCACAUCACCAUGUUGUUCAACGAGUAUACCCUGCUCAAGGAACGGCAAACAGAAGACUAAGGCUACGGAAACUAAGGAGACUUAGCCCUCGUAAAGAAGAGUUGGAGGAAGGUUCAGGUGAAAAUAUGGUUAACUCCAAGUCCAGACGAUUUUUCAAGGCUCCUCAGGGAUGGAUGAGAACAUCCAAAAAUUGUUCUCGUCUAUAUGUACUAGUCAUUACUAUGGCAUUGCUCAUUUUGAUGAUGGUCUAUGCCACUGAUCCUGCAUACUUUUACUGACAAAAUUGGGGAAAUUGUAGCUAAAUAUGAUUCAAUAUUUUCACUUCUAUAUAUAGUUGAGGAUAUCGCGCCUACUUAUCUAA